AUGACUACUCUUGCUGGAAGCAAUCAUCAUAAUAAUUAUAUUACCAAUCUACCUUUUGUUCAAUCUCCAACUUAUGGUAAUAACUCCAAUUUGGUAGAUAAUACAUUUUGUGGCAAUGAUCAAAUCAAUAUGAAUAAUAAUGGUAAUAAUAGUUAUUUGGAUGCUAAUAGUUCUCAAACGAUUAUUAAAUCUGAAUUUUAUUCUAAACAAGAAGGAGAAGAAGAAUAA